UGAAGGAAAUAAACACACACACACACACACACACACCGAAGAGUCCAACAACUGACAGUUAACCCGUUUGAAGGAGGUCAAAUGCAGUUUUGACCGGAACUAUUGAACAUCGUUUAGUUUCGUUCGUGUUUGUUUUGAGUUCUCGCUUCAUCAUGAAGCCGCUGAUCGCGUGGACGCUCAUUCUGAGUUUCCUCACAUCAGGUGUUGUGUCUAUCCAGGUCACACUGUCUGAAUUGGAGAAACGCACGACUCUGUUUGCAUCGGUCACAUUACGCUGCGAUUAUUCGACAUCAGCUCAACAGCAGAAUGUCAUCGUCACCUGGAAAUACAAAUCCUUCUGCAAAGAUCCGGUUCUGGAAUAUUACUCCACAGCGUAUCAGUCUUCACUUCAGUUGGGUCGAGAUCCUGCGAAUGACUGUGUGGAUUCGCAGCGCACUGUCCGAACCGUCGCUCAGAAACUGGGAUCCAACGAGGCCAUUCUGGGUGCCGAGUACAGAGAACGUAAAAUCUCCAUCCAGAACAAGGCGGAUCUAAUCAUCAAUGAGGUCAUGUGGUGGGAUAAUGGAAUGUAUUUCUGCUCUGUUGAGGCACCUGGAGACACAAUUGGAGAUUCAGAUCAAGAGAUGAAACUGAUCGUGUACCAUUGGCUGACGGUGCUGUUGAUUGUCAUGGGCGCAUUCCUCCUCAUCCUCCUCUUCUGUAUCUGCUGCUGUCAGUGCUGCCCGCAGAAAUGCUGCUGUUACGUGCGCUGCCCAUGCUGCCCGCAGACCUGCUGCUGCCCUGAGAAGGCGGUGAUGCAGCACAGGAUGAUGAAGGAGGCUCAGAAGGCCAUGACCCCGUGGCUCAACGGACAGCCACUUUACGCACCCAUGAGUAACCACAGCUCUUCUUACCAGAUGAACCCGAUGCUGUAUGCAGGCUCAGCAUCAGGUAAGGGUGCCAUGACACCCGUUCCGCUGCCCCCCCCACAGAUGGCACAUAUGCCCAUCAACAUGCAGCCCCCUAGUGUCCAUGGCAACGGCAGCAUUCAUGGGACCAAUCAGAUGCUAGAUUACCUGGAGAGUCAGGUGCGCGGCAUGGACAUCAUGAGUCCGAUGUUGCAGCCGCAGUCACAGCAGGCGAUCCCAAUGCAGCACCUGCCACCCCCCCCGCAACACACGCUGCAGCAUGUGCCGUUCUCUGCCGGGCCUCCCAGCAUGCUCUCAGGCCUGGACGAUGGCCCCGCCUUGCGCAGAGUCCCACGUGAAGUACGCUCACAGACCCACUCCAGCCGCUCGUCCGCUUAUGGCGCUCCUCGACGCGACGACCGCCGCUAUCCACGCCCGGGAAUUCCACGCAGCUACAGUCAAGAGGACGUUCUGGACAGCCGCAGCCGGACCGGAGCGGGAGCAUAUCGGCCACGCUCGCGAUCCAGAGAAGAUCUGUUGGGUGACAACCGCAGAGGGCCGUCUACGCGAGACAAUUACUCGCCAUUACCUCGCCGUGGUUCCUGGAGCUCGGCCAAUGACGAGGACAGUCGGCGAGGAGGUGUGCGAGGAGGGCGGGGCGGCGGGUGGUCCGAUCACCCUCCGAGUUACAGCGAGUACGAGCCCGGAAAGAAGCCAGUCAGACGGCCUGAACGCUUCUCCGAUAAAAGUUCCCGCAGUGGCACCAGUAUAGUGAUCUGAUCUGAGAUUAUUUCUCCCAACAAACAGCAGAAAUCCAGCAAAACAUACAGGAAACUUGAAUAUUGAUGUGCAUCCAACUGCAGUGAAGUACAAUUGUUUAUUGAAGGAUUUGUUACACUGAAUGUGGAGUCUCCAUUUAUUUCUGUUUUUUUAUUUUUGCAGAGCAAUUUAUACAUUUAGAUUGAAUGUGAAUAAGAAUGAAUAUCCUCUUCUAGAAAAUGUAUCCCAUUAGAGAACGCUUUUAAAAAGCUUGUCUGUUGUAGGUCAGAGGUUUUAAUUUUUGUUGCUGUAUGUUUAAUUUUAGCCUUUUUAUUAAAUGUAGCUCAUUUACAGCACAGACUUUGAAAUACAGCAAGAGUAUGAGAGGAUGUUUGUUUAGCAAAAAUACCCCAGACAGUUUAAAUGCUAAUAAUUGUGUUAUUCAGUGUAAAAACGAGCUUGCUGACAGUCAUGAACUCCAUAUGAUUUUUUUCAGUUUCUGGCGACAUAAAUAUGAGAAAUAACUUGUGUAGACAUCUAAAUACAGUGUGAAGUGUGUGUUUAUGUCUACAGUUGUGUUGUGAAUGCUCAGGUCAAGCAGAUUUUUAGCCUUUUUGUACAUAAUCAUGUUUUCCUGUCUUUAAAAGAAUGAGUUUCUGCAUUUAAGGCCAAAGUCAAUUGUAUCUUUAGUAUUUACAUCAACUUCUGUGUGUAUUUAGUCAUUAUUUAAAUUCCUAUGCUAGUUACUGUGUUUUGUUAAACAGCAUAUUAAUGUUGUUUGUAAUGGUGAAAGACUAUUUCUGUUUUGUGAAAAUGAAGAACAAUUUACUCAAUACAUUUUUUUUCUUUA